CUCAACUGACGCGUCUUUUGAGAGCGCGACUUUUUACGCGACGAGCGGCAGCAAAUCGCAUGGCGGUACCUGAGUGGCUUGCCUUUCUUUAACUCGCGCGCCUCUUUUGCCCAUCCCUUCGCACAGCACUUUCAUUCACACCCGACCGGACGACGCAGCAAAACAAGACUAUGUCAGGACCAGGAUCAGCAUCAGGAGGGGCUUCGUUUGAAUGCAGCUUGAACGGCACAGUGCUCCCAGGACAAUUCAGGCACCUAUACGAUCGACUCUUGGGAUUGUGUGAACAUGCUGCCCAUUCAAAGAUGUUUGAGCACGAGAUGCUUUUUACGCCCGCCAUUCAGAGACCUAUCUAUGCAGCCAGGAACGACGAUGUCCACUUACGAUUGCGAGUUAAGCUGACAGUUCUGGAUCACGGCAAGAAGCAACAGCGAGACGAAAGUGGCAGCAGGAAGAAACUGAAGGGCAGCAAUAGCGUAGAUGAGAGUGCAGCCACCACAGCUGGCAGUACUGACAAAGAUAACGGUAUACCAAUUACGGACUCAUUGAGCGGCGAUACAGGAAUGACGUCUAGCACACAGGAGGCAGGGAACAAGGAUCCAACUUCAACAGCAGGUGUUCUAGCUGAUGGCUCACCGAAACAACACUCCUCGACGUUAUCGGGCGGUGAUCCGUCACAAAUGACAACAGUAACAGAAGGGAUGGCGUCAUCAUCAAUGGGACACCAUCACGGAUCGAAAGCCGUGGUGACGAGGCAGUAUCAGCUAUGUCAAUACGGACACCCCGAACCUGGAAGGACGAUCGUUGUGCGCUCGGCUAUUCUGGUCAAGAUCCAUGGCGAUGCAUUCGGCUUUUUAUCCUUGCUUGGUUAUGGGUUCGAAGAUGAAUUUGUUCGACGUGGAUACAACUUCAUGUAUAAUAACAUUUGCAGGAUAUCGGUGUUCCGGAAAUACAAGCUCUCGAAGCAACACGAUCCAUUUUCAGCAAUUGUGCCAGAGGGAGAAGCCGCUGGAGGGCACGCUCCCGAUAUAGCGUCGCCGUGGUUGGUCGAGAUCACGUCGAGCUUCGUUUCGCAAGAAAACGUCAAUUCAAUGUCGGAUGAGAUUAAUGUGGUCAGGAAUUUACUCGCAGGAUCGGUCGUCUAUUGAACUCAUACUGGACGCCAGCUGUCCAUAUACAACAAUAAAGCAAUAGAAUAUCG